GUCGCACAUGCGCACAGAGCCCGGGCGGCUGCGGAAGCGGCGAGAUUGUCCUUCCGAUGCAGCCCUGCUGCGACCCGGCCCGUUGCCGUAGAGAUGGGCAGGGCUGGAUGGAGUAGGGUGCGGUGAGCUGAGCUGACCCUGCUUCACCACGGGGACUGCAGUGACCCCGGCUUGCCGGCAGGGCGGGUAACCGGUUGAACCAGGGUGGGGCUGCUCAGGGGCGUGGAGCCGAGGCCAGGAUUUCUCUGAAGACCAAGCACAAGCGAUUCCUUUCUGCGAAGAGACCAUUGCUAUGGAAACCAAAGCGCUAGGCCAUCGGAGAUUGAGGCUCCCGAUCCUGACUGGUCUUUCUCCCGAAGAACCUCGCCUGAGGCUUCCGGAAGCGGCUACUUCCUGAAUGAACCCGCCCACCCUCCUGAGGGAGAGAGUUUUCCAUGGACACAGCCUAGCAGAAAGACGCAGCCUUCAUGCUUCGCUGACUGCUGACCGCUGACCGACCGCCUUGAUGACAGCACCCUCGUGUGCCUUCCCAGUUCAGUUCCGGCAGCCCUCAGUCAGCGGCCUCUCGCAGAUAACCAAGAGCCUGUAUAUCAGCAAUGGUGUGGCCGCCAACAACAAGCUCAUGCUGUCUAGCAACCAGAUCACCAUGGUCAUUAAUGUCUCAGUGGAGGUAGUGAACACCUUGUAUGAGGAUAUCCAGUACAUGCAGGUACCUGUAACUGAUGCCCCUAACUCACGUCUCUGUGACUUCUUUGACCCUAUUGCUGACCAUAUCCACAGCGUGGAGAUGAAGCAGGGCCGUACUCUGCUGCACUGCGCUGCUGGUGUGAGCCGCUCAGCCGCCCUGUGCCUCGCCUACCUCAUGAAGUACCACGCCAUGUCCCUGCUGGACGCCCACACGUGGACCAAGUCAUGCAGGCCCAUCAUCCGACCCAACAGCGGCUUUUGGGAGCAGCUCAUCCACUAUGAGUUUCAGUUGUUUGGCAAGAACACUGUGCACAUGGUCAGUUCCCCAAUGGGAAUGAUCCCUGACAUCUAUGAGAAGGAAGUCCGUUUGAUGAUUCCACUGUGAGCCAUCCCACCAGCCCCUGCAUUGGAGUCAGAGGUACAGAUCUAUUGUUGAUCCUACACCAAGAUCCAAACUUGAACAUUCUACUUUUGUUUAUACGGAAAAAAACAGAUGAUGCCUUUUAUGAGCACAAGGAAAAAGAGUUGCUGUAGCUUUUAACUUUGUAAUCCAUUUUUUUAAAGAGUGAACUCACUAGUUGUGAAAUGGUGAAGGUCAAUUUUCUGCCCUGUGAGUGACAGGCCUCUGCUGGCCAGGGGAUAGGUUGAGGCAGAUGAUUCCCAGAAGAAAGAGGCCAGCACCCACUGCACAUGGCAGGCCUGGAAUCCUGCAUCCCUCCCCAAAACCGAGUGACCCAGGAAUGAAUCUGCUACAAUUCCACCUCGUUCUUCCACACCCAGAGCCAGAACCUUAAGCAUCAUGGUACCUCUUGCGCUUCUCACAGUAAGUGCCAGUCUACUAGAUAAAUGGCCUUCAGGCAGUGCUCCAGGAAUCCUGGGGGGUACCAGGCCACCUGUGCUUCCACCUUCACUACAAGUGGCCCAAUUCUGGUUUUCUAGGUUGUACUUAUGUAUAAGGUAGUUUUUAAAGAAAACAUUCCACUGUUUAAUUUUUUCUUUCUUUUUUUGAGAUCAUCUUGCUCUGUCACCCAUGCUAGAGUGCAGUAGUGUGAUGAUGGCUCACUGUAGCCACAACCUCUCAGGCUCAAGUGAUCAUCUUUACCUUAGCCUCCUGAGUGGCUGAGACUACAGAUGUGUGCCGCCAUGCCCGCCUCAUUUUUUUUCUUUUUUUAUAGAGAUGAGGUUUUACUAUGUUGCCCAGACUGGUCUCAAACUCCUGGCCUCAGGCAAUCCUCCUGCCUCAGCCUCCCAAAGUGUUGGUGAGCCACUGCACCCGGAUACCACUGUAUAAAAAAUUAAAAAAAAAAAAAAUUGUGAGUGCUAUUGUACAUGGCAAAGUUUCAAAGAGCUCUUGGCCAUCCCUCACCAAACUUUGAUGAAAGAUGGUGUUGGUCCCCUUCUCCGGGGCACAUGAGAAAAAUAGGCCUGACAUCAGGCUUCAGGGGUUCCUCUCACAGGCCUUGGCUUGGAAGGCUGGAGCUUUGGACAAAUGCCCAGCCCUGUCACCUCCUCUUCAUGCGACCUGGACCCCUGGGAGCAUCACUGUCCUCAUCGGUCCAAUGACAACCCUUUUCUCAGAGUUGUCAUGAAGAUUCAACAAUUUCUUGGCAUAAUGCCUGGCACAUGGUGUGUGCUUAGUGCAAAUGGCAGCUCUCAUCAUGAAUGAUAGACUCUUUAAUGCUGCUGGUCCCAGGUCAGCAUACACAUCCUCAUAAUGGCAUCUCUCCUUUCUGUGCACAGCCCUUUAUUGUUAUAAAGUACUGUUCCAAAAAGUUACUCUGUGCAAAAGAAAAAAAAUGGCUUAAGUAAUUUCAGACCCUACCUCAGAGGAGGCCUAGACUUAGAGCCUUUUGAGAGCUUCCAUCUUGUUUAGGCGCAAUCUAGGGGUCCUGAAGCAAGGAGCACAAUUCCAGUGUCCCCCAAUUACUUCUAAACAGUGAUUGCAGCCUUGUUUAGAAUCAAUAUGAAAACUUGGCAUCCCGGCUGACUACUGGGAUUCAUAAGGGGGCAGUGUCAUAGGGACUAACGUGCGGACUCCAUCAGUAGGCCCUGGAAUUCAGGAUUGUUCACAUCCCCUCGGUGCCAAGGACCUGGCUCAAGACCACCUGUUCUGAUCCAGAGGUUUUCAGCAAACAGCAUUUGAAACAAGCACGGCUGCUCUGUUUGACACCGAACUGUGGCUCCAGAUUCCAGUGGAAGCCAAAUGCUUUUUCUUUUACAGCUGGGUGCCUGUAAUCCCAGUUACUUGGGAGAUGAGGCAGGAGAAUCACUUGAACCUGGGAGGCAGAGGUUGCAGUGAACCGAGAUUGCACCAUUCCACUCCAGCCUGGGCAACAAGAAUGAGACUCCAUCUCAAAAA